AUGUCCAAACUUGGCUCGAAAUCCCGCUCAACCGAGGCUGUUUUAGGCGGUUAUAAGAUCGGAAGGUUGGAGUUUGCACAAAAAACAACGAGCACACUUCACAAUGUCAUUGGCCCAAAUAGGUUUUUCCCAGCUCGACUUGACUCCGGUCUCGUUUGCCCCUCAAGUCAACCUCGAGGCCGAACCGUGCACUUUAAGUGGCAUUACUUUACCGCUUCACCUAACAUAGUCCGACACCUCUGCCCUUUACUCCUUCACCUGGCAACUCGUCUCAUUGACACAAAUCUGUAG